CUGUAAAACAAAAACAAUUGGCUGUGGUUGUGAUAGAUAUUUUUGUUGUACAACAAGCACGGUCCUCACUUUAUUAAUACGUUUUGUAUACAUAGAAGCGGUGUAUAUUUUUUUGCAUUAUCGCGGGUUGUUGUUGCGAAAUUUAUAAAGUUUGUUAAAUUUAAUAAAUUAAUUUAAAAACUAAUUGCAAAAAUGACUAGUGAAUCGGAUAUUGAUGCAAAUGAUGUCUUGCGUAUAAUGAUAUCGACUGAUAAUCAUUUGGGCUAUGGAGAAAAAGAUGCAGUGAGGGGUGAAGAUAGUUUUCUGGCAUUUGAAGAAAUGUUGGAAUUGGCUGUCCGUGAGGAUGUGGACUUUAUAUUGUUAGGGGGUGAUUUAUUCCAUGAUGCCGUGCCCAGUCAAAAUGCAUUGCACAAAUGCAUGAAAUUGUUGAGAAUGUAUACUUUUGGAGAUCGACCAAUUACGGUGGAGUUUUUAAGUGAUGGCAGUCAAAAUUUUCAUAAUGCCGUUAACGAAACGGUUAAUUAUGAAGACCCGAACUUAAAUAUUUCCAUACCUGUCUAUUCUAUACAUGGAAAUCAUGAUGAUCCAAGCGUUUUUGGUGGUCUUAGUUCUUUGGACUUGCUAUCGACCACUGGUUUGGUGAACUAUUUUGGCCGCUGGACGGACUUAACUAGAAUUGAUAUAGCUCCCAUUCUCUUAAAGAAGGGAGAUACUAAAUUAGCCCUCUAUGGUUUGAGCCAUAUACAAGAUAUGCGUUUGGCACGUCUUUUCGAAAGUCGUAAAGUCCAUAUGCAAGUUCCAGAGGGUGGAGAAGGUGAAUGGUUUCAUUUAAUGGUUUUGCAUCAGAAUCGUGCAGAUCGUGGCCCUAAAAACUAUUUGCCCGAAGAGGCCCUGCCAGACUUUCUUAAUUUAGUUAUCUGGGGCCAUGAACAUGACUGUCGCAUAGAGCCAGAGCACAAUGUUAAAAGGGAUUUCUAUGUUUGUCAGCCGGGUUCGACGGUCCCUACUUCUCUGGCCGAGGGAGAGUCUUUGCGCAAACAUGUAGCAGUUUUGGAAAUAUAUAAAGACAAAUUUCAAAUGAAACCCAUACCACUGCAAACAGUUCGUCCUUUUGUAUUUGAAUCUGUCAACAUUAUGGAUUUAGCCGAAGAACUGCGUUUAGAUGAGGGUGAUGCCUCCAACAAAGUACGUGCUAUGGCUGAAGAGAAAGUAGAGGUCAUGUUGGAAAGAGCUAAGCAAUUACUAACAGGGCAUCCAAAACAACCGACAUUGCCAUCAAUAAGAUUGCGAUUAGUAUUCACGGACGAGGACCAAAUGUUCAAUGGCAUACGUUUGGGUCAAAUGUUCAAUGAGCGUGUGGCUAAUCCGGGCGAUAUGAUACAUUUCAAAAAAAUGAUCAAGAAAGAGAAAAAGGAAAAAUCUAAUUUUGAUAAAGAGGAAAUGAAAAAUCAAUUUAAGAAAAUGGAAGGAGAAUCAGCUGCUCGCGUAGAGGACUUAGUGGAGCGUUAUUUUAAUGAGGUUGACGAUAGCAAGGCUCUCAAAGUACUAUCAACAAAAGCCUUAACUGAGAUCUGUCAUCAAUUGGUUGACCGUAAAGACAACAACGCUGCCGACAAUUUAAUAAGAUCAUACAAAGCAAAAGCUGUUGAAUAUUUAAUGGAUAAAAUGCCGGCCGAAGAUGAGUUGGAUGUUCAAUUGACACAAUUUAAAUUAAAUGUUACCUCUGAUGACAUUUUAGAAAUGUUAAGUACUACUCAUAUAAAUACUGCUACUAAGACGUCCAUCAGCAGUUUGGGCAAUUCCAACUACAACAAUGAUGAUGAUGAAAACUCAGACGAAGAAGAUGACGAAAUUCCCGUCAAACAGACUCGAUCCUCUGCUUCAGCUGCUGCUUCUAGAGGAAGUCGUGCUAGAGGCAGAGGUGGCAAAGCAACUACAACUAGCAAAACAACAACUUCAAAUAAUUCGAAUACAUCCCGUUCCCCAGCCGGACGAUCUAACAAACAUACCAUGCCAGCAUUAGAAACCUCAAGGGCAACUCGAUCAUCUCCACGUAAACAGGCAACAUUGUUCAAUAUGGUGGGAUCCAGAUCUAAACAGAAAAUUUAUGAAGUUUCUGAUUCCGAUUCUGAUUAAAGAUGUUUAUAUUUCAUACUUAUAAGAUAACUUUUUUUAUAUGAAAUAAAGAAAAGUAUUCCAGUGAGAUAUCUUUCAAAAAUGUUUAAA